AGCAGCAGUGCUCGUCUCGGUUAAACUGCCAUGCUGUGGAUCUGCGCUGGAUUAAGAGGAAGAAUGAUCACUGACGGAUGCUGUAGGAAUGUGAGGUGAACACCACAAGGAGGGAUAGCUGUGUGAGGGAAUGGUUAAAGCCAUAGCUGUCUGGAAUGAAAAGUUAACGGUUUGUUUAUUAAGUGCAGUUCUUUGUUGCAGUCUCCGUUCUGUCCCGCUGUGCUUUUGCUUUGACUGUGUCAGUGUGUGUGAAAGUCUUCCCACUCUCUCUCCACCUGGUCCCACAACUUUCUCCUCUAGUGUGACACGCUGCUGAUGCAGUGCAGGUGUCUCCCCAGGGCCUACCUUGGCAGCUAGUUGACUGGACGGCCCUUUCACCAUGGCUGUGUCACGGCUGGAGGCCGUGUCCCUGUCUAUGCCUGGUCUUCUCCUUUUCCUGAGCGUUCAUCUCACUGCCUCCCAGCAUCCCCUUCCAUCUCCUGACGAGGAGUGUUCCAGGAGAGUGCACCCCGCCGUCUCCUACCAGGCGUUGAGGCCCUGGGUUUCUAGUUUCAGUUUUGCAGGAGUUCAGGACUACUCCCAACUAGCACUGGACAUUAAUAGAAAUCAACUGAUAGUAGGAGCGAGAAACUACCUCUUCAAACUGAGUCUUGUCAAUGUCUCACUUAUACAGGCAACGGAAUGGGGCUCAGACGAAGAUACCAGGCGGUCCUGUCGAAGCAAAGGGAAGACAGAGGUGGAGUGCCAGAAUUAUAUCCGGGUGUUGCUUAUCAGUGGCAAGAAAUUGUUUACCUGCGGCACCAAUGCAUUUUUACCAGUUUGCACAACUAGACAGAUCGGGAAUCUGAGCCGGGUGAUCGACAGGGUGAAUGGGGUGGCUCGCUGCCCGUACGACCCCCGACACAACUCCACGGCGGUGGUGACAUCACAGGGGGAGCUGUACGCCGCCACCGUCAUCGACUUCUCCGGGCGAGACCCCGUCAUCUACCGCAGCCUGGGGAACAUGCCCCCGCUCCGCACGGCGCAGUACAACUCCAAAUGGCUCAACGAGCCCAACUUCAUUGCUGCCUAUGACAUGGGCUUGUUCACGUACUUCUUCCUGCGAGAGAACGCUGUGGAGCACGACUGUGGGAAGGUGGUGUACUCGCGGGUGGCGCGGGUCUGCAAGAACGACCUCGGGGGGAGGUUCCUGCUGGAGGACACAUGGACCACCUUCAUGAAGGCCAGACUGAACUGCUCGCGCUCAGGAGAGAUUCCCUUCUACUACAACGAGCUGCAGAGCACCUUCUACCUGCCCGAGCAGGACCUCCUCUAUGGCAUCUUCACCACUAACGUUAAUAGCAUUGCUGCUUCAGCAGUUUGCUCUUUCAAUCUCAGCGCUAUAACCCAGGCGUUUAAUGGACCUUUCCGCUAUCAGGAAAACCCACGUUCCACAUGGCUGCCUACACCGAACCCCAUUCCCAACUUCCAGUGCGGCACAGUGAAUGACAACACUCCCAAUGAGAACCUGACAGAGCGCAGCCUGCAGGACGCACAGCGCUUAUUCCUCAUGAACGACGUGGUGCAGCCCGUCUCUGUGGACCCCCUCGUCACUCAGGACAACGUCCGCUUCUCCAAGCUAGUGGUGGACAUCGUCCAGGGCAGGGACACCCUGCACCAUGUCAUCUACAUCGGAACCGAAUACGGCACCAUCCUGAAGGUGCUGGCUACGUCCAAUAAGAGCCUGCGGGGGUGUUUCCUGGAGGAAAUGCAGCUGCUUCCGCUGGGUCAGCGGGAACCAAUCCUGAGCCUCCAGAUCCUGCACAGUGAUAGGUCGCUUUUCGUGGGCUUGAACGGGAAUGUGCUGAAGAUCCCCCUGGAAAGGUGUUCCAAUUACAAAACUGAACGUAUUUGUUUGGGUGCCCGGGAUCCAUACUGUGGCUGGGAUAGCAAGCAGAGACGCUGCACCACUAUUGAGGACAGCUCCAACAUGAGCCAGUGGAGCCAGAACAUCACAGAGUGCCCGGUGAAGAACUUAACUGUGAACGGUGCCUUUGGACCCUGGUCACCAUGGCAACAGUGCAAGCAUGAUGACGGCGACACUACCGGGGCCUGCAUGUGCCGCUCCAGGUCAUGUGACAGCCCGCCCCCUCUCUGCGGAGGCAGUGACUGUGAGGGACCCACCAUGGAAGUCUCCAACUGCUCCAGGAAUGGUGGCUGGACGCCAUGGUCAUCGUGGGAUCAGUGCAGCACUACGUGUGGGAUCGGCUUCCAGGUCCGGCAGCGAUCCUGCAGCAACCCCUCCCCCCGGCACGGGGGCAGAGUCUGUGUGGGGCAGAGUCGAGAGGAGAGGUUCUGCAAUGAGAACAGUCCAUGUCCGUUGCCCAUAUUUUGGUCAUCAUGGGGAUCGUGGACCAAAUGUAGCGCAGAGUGUGGCGGAGGGAUACAUUCCAGAGUCCGGAACUGUGAAAAUGGGAACAGCUGUCCAGGGUGUGCUUUGGAGUACAAAGCCUGCAACCUGGAGUCGUGUCCGGAGGUGAGACGGAACACUCCGUGGACUCCGUGGAUGCCGGUGAACAUCACGCAGGCCGGGGCACGGCAGGAGCAGAGGCUUCGUUACACCUGCCGAGCUCAGCUGGCCGACCCCCACGAGCUGCAGUUCGGAAAGCGCAAGGUGGAGACUCGCUUCUGCCCCAGCCACGGUUCCUCCGCUUGCGAAACUGACUCUCUAGUUGAAGAUCUGCGGAGGAGUGGCCAGUCCUUGUCUCGCAGUGCUAACGGCAGCUGGUCGAACUGGUCGGGCUGGUCCUCGUGCUCCCAGGACUGCGAGACGGGCUACAGGACCAGGAAGAGGACCUGCACCAGCCCCGAGCCCAGGAACGGGGGGCUGCCUUGCGUGGGCUCAGCCGUGGAGUACCAGGACUGCAACACCCAGCCCUGCCCUGUGACAGGAGCCUGGUCCUGCUGGUCCUCGUGGUCCCAGUGCUCUGCUACGUGUGGAGGCGGGCACUACCAGCGCACUCGCACCUGUACCAACCCAGCGCCCGCAAACGGAGGAGACAUCUGCAUUGGGCUUCACACUGAGGAGGCUCUCUGCAAAACACACCCCUGUGAAGGUGGCUGGACGGACUGGUCUGAGUGGAGCCUGUGUAAUGAGGAAGGUCUGCAGCUCCGCAGCCGGCACUGCGAGGUUCACAACCCGGGCUCCUCUCAGUGCCUCGGGAACGGCACGGAGCACAGGGAGUGCAUGUACAAUGAGAUCCCAGUGAUCCUGCCAGCAUCAAGUUUCGACAAGAACCUGCAAUGUGGAGGUUACAGUGUGGUUCACCUGAUUGCAACUGGUGUUUCCUGCUGCAUUGGUGCCAGUCUGCUGACGUUCCUGAUCUACGCGUACUGCCAGAAGUGCCAGAAACAGACCCAGGAAUCAGCGGUGAUCCACCCGAGCACCCCCAACCACCUGAACUACAAGGGGAACACCACGCCAAAGAAUGAGAAGUACACGCCCAUGGAGUUUAAGACUCUGAACAAGAACAAUUUGAUUCCAGAUGACAGGUCCAACUUUUACCCCUCCCCUUUGCAACAAACCAACGUUUACACGACCACCUAUUACCCAGCGACUGUGAAUAAAUACGACUACAAGCCCGAGUCCUCUCCCUACACCAACAGCUGAGAGCAUUACCCCCCCUGCUGCGCACUGGAUCUUUACAUUUCUAUCAUUUCAUUUAACACAUAUAAAUACGACUACAAGCCCGAGUCCUCUCCCUACACCAACAGCUGAGAGCGCUACACCCCCUGCUGCGCACUGGAUCUUUACAUUUCUAUCAUUUCAUUUAACACAUAUAAAUACGACUACAAGCCCGAGUCCUCUCCCUACACCAACAGCUGAGAGCGCUACACCCCCUGCUGCGCACUGGAUCUUUACAUUUCUAUCAUUUCAUUUAACACAUCCACUUCUUCAUGAGGGCUUGUGGGGCUGCUUUUUAAUGUACUUCCUUCAUUGGGACAGGAGUGCUCAAGGCUGUAUGGAACUGUACAAACAGACUAUAGCCUGGACAAAUGGAUACAGGAACAAUAUAUUACACUUGUGGACUUCUCAAUUUGAAGAUGGUACUUUCGUGAAUAAUGUUCCCCUUCUGUCAAAGAAAACAAAAUGCAUGAAUACUGGACUGCUCUGACAGCCGUGCUUCUUUUUAUUAAAACUUUAAGGAUGGCUGUUGGACUGAAGAUGGGAGCCGUCCGCUCCAGAGUUGAGGGUUUUAUUGACUUAUUUUAAAGAGGCCUUGAAACAGCAGCAGCUUGGAAGUCUUUUCCACGCCCUGCCCAGGGCUUUCCCACCAGGUUAACCCUGCUCGCUCACUGCAGUGUGGGCAGAUUCUGAGUGUAAAGAAUUAUUGCCAUUGCUCAAUAAUAUUGCCAACAGAAAAAGUUGAAUGGUUUUCAAUGCCACGGUACUUACCAAAAAAGCCUCAACUUUGACCCUUUGUAUUGUAUUCUCUUGAGCUGCGUGCGUGACCCCGGUUCCUCUUUCUAAUACGAUACACUGGGAGUGGAUAUAUUCCUUAACUGUAGACAAUAGCCUUCUCCAAACACAACAGAUUUGAUUGCUUAGAGCUUGCUGUAUUUUUGAGGUACAUACCAAUAUCAGAUUUCAACUGUUGUCUUCCAGGAAGUAUAAUAAUUGAAAUAAGCGAGCGUGUCUGCUCGAGUUGCAACGAAUCAUGUUCUUCUUACUUUGAGAUGUCGUGUAUUGACUGCUGCCUGUUGCCACAUUCCCAGGGCAGCCAUAUAAUUGUUUUUUAUAUAUAUAUAUAUAUAUAUAUAUAUAUAUAUAUAUAUAUAUAUAUAUAUAUAUAUAUAUAUAUAUACUUGUAUCACUCGUCAGACAUCCGAAAUGUUAACUUAAAUCCUUAGAAUAACUAUAGACUAUCAAAUGUGUAGGAGCAAGGAUUGGUUCCUGUUGCUUCUGUUGUAGCAUUUUAGUGAGAAGAGUUCAAUGGAAAGUGUAGAGGCAAACCCUCCUGUGUGCGUCUCUCAAAAGAAACCAGGGAGGAAGAUGCACUGUAAACAGUACAACACCAAUAACCGUUUCUAAACACUUUAUUUAGUUUUUCUUUUGUUUUUUUUACUAUGAAUCCCAUUCCUUUAGAGGAAGUUUGCAAGGAGGAAAGGGUUGCUGUUCCAAAGGCAUCGUUCCAGGUGGAAUCUCUUGAGCUGGUUAAUGCUGUCUCUGAAGAGCCAGUGAAGCUCAGUUUGUGUAAUAAGGUUAAACUACUUUUUUUUUUUUUUUUAUUCCUGCAACGUCAACCUGAACUUAACUCGGUCGUGUGAAUGCUAAUUCCUAAUUGCGGUUUCGUGUGUUAACAGAUUAUGCAGUUUUCAUAAUUCAGAAUUAUUACAGAGGUAAAUGUGGGAGACUUGACAUUAUGAAGAGGGAACAGUAUGCAAUUAAUCAGACUGAAAUAAUAUGCUACAGUGAUUGCAAAACAUGAUUGGAUUAAUGAAAACAAAUGUGUAAUCAAGUGUUUGCAACAGGGCUGAAUGCUGAACCAGUGGAAGCUGCAGAUGUGGGAAGUGAUUUAGAGGGACUGGGGUUGAGGAGAAGAUGUACGCCACUACAGAACACACAGUGAGAUGUACACGCCAUGGUACGACCCUCUGUGAACCUCAAACUAAAAGGGAAUAAUGCGCCUCCAGUUCCCAACAGUUAAAACCGGGCUCUUAUAUGAACUAUUCAUGCACUACAUUCGGCUAUAAUGUGUGUCAAAAACAGCCAUGAAAGCAGUACAUGGCGUUUAAACAAACACUCUGUGUACAGUGAGUUAGCUUCAUUUUAUUAGGGCAUUUCCAGGUUUUAGUUUAAAAAUGUUUUAAUGCCUGGUGACUGAACGCAGCACUGGUUACCAUGGUAACCUCACCUUGCCAUUGCGUUUGUACAUAGGAGGAACUGUUCACUGACAACAUAAUGACAUUUAUAUAAUUAGUCUAAUGUAAAUGUGUGUUGUAUAGCUAACACUGUUUUAAAUGCCUUAUAGUUGUACAAAGUGCAGAAGUUGUGUAAAUACCAACCACAGAGAUUGUGAAUGGAGUUCAGCAGUACUGCUUGUGUGAGAAUAUUCAGGUUCAAUGUACUUCAGUGGUCUGGCUGCUCUCCUUCUCCAAUAUGACAAACUCCUAUCAGAUGUGAGGGAUACAAUUCCUCAUUAUAAAUCAGAGGAUUUUUAAAUUUUAUUUGAAUGUGUGAUGUUUUGUUUUAAAUAUGAGACAUUAAAACAACUUUUUAUUCUACCUUUGCUACACUGAACAAUCACUUGAGUUGCGCUGGACUGCGCGGUCACUGUUAUUGCACAGUGCAUGUCCAAAUGCUCAUUUUCAGCAGAACUGACAUUUUAAGGCUCUUCCAGUAAAAGCUUAUCUUAAUUUUUUGUAACUUGUUUCUUUAGCACCACAUAUCAGUACAGCCCCUUCAGCUGAAACGAAUGUGGUAGACCUCUCCUCCAGGGACUCCAGUGUGAUCAAGUCUUGGAGAUGCGAGACUGUACCUCCCUCUCUUAAGAACAAUAAAUAAAAAAGUAAUUAACCUGUGGUAUAUUGUCUGUUAUAAUUGGGAAGCCAGGGCUAGACAUUUAUUAAAAUAAAUAAUUGGGUUAUACUAUCACUCUGUCAAGUGUGUCUGGUUCCUGGGGUAUACCAUGAUUCCUUCACUCCCUUGCUGUGUUAAUAGAAAGAUGAUACAUUACAGAACAGAUCCGUGGUUCUCACUGCGGUAGCAUUGCUGAACUCCAUACUGAAGGCCCUGUGCCUCCUAUGCAAUUGCUUUGGUGGUAGUGUUAGAUAAUAAUAUAAUGUGAUCUAGACUGUAAUCACUGCCUUUUAGACACUGUGAAUUUUUUUGGUACUCUAUAUUUUUGUAUAUUGUACAUUGUAAAGAAUAAUAAAACAGACCCGUGAUGCCA